GCGCACGCACGCCUUGCGCUGGUGGUGUACGUAAUUUUUCAUCCUGCUUCCAUCCAAUCAUUACUCAUCCACUGUGCGCUGUGGGGUUAUCCACGGUAUCAUUUCGCCCCGGAACGGAAAGGAAAGAGUUGAAGCAAAGUGAAUCAAACGCCAUCGAUUUUUUGUAUUUAUUUCUGUUCUCAACCGCACCAUUCGUCAUCCGCCACCACCCGAACCGUGUCCGUGGACCACGAAAACAUCGCUGCGGGAGAGAGAGAAGACGCGUGACGGGACUGCAUCAUGCACUGUUCAUUAUUUCAUAACAUUGGCCACGACAAUUACUCAUUGCUGUUGCCGUUUGCAUCCGUUGGUGUGUGUGCGGAAGUGGAUCGAUGUGCAGCGGUUGCCAGUGCGGUGGAGUUUGUUGCGAACGGUGUCGAAAUCGGUGCUAGUAACAGUCUUAUAAAAGGGAACGCUUCCUGAUUAGCGCCAUCUAAUAGACACUGGUGCAGCUGACACGCGCGCGUCCGUGCUCCGUGACAGUACAGACACGCACACGGGUGCGUCAGGAGGGGAAGGAAACAGUGGAAGGCAUCGUUUUUUUUUGGGCUUCGUUUGGGCGCGAAAAGCUAGCCAAAAACGGUGUAAAAGAAGGAACAUUGUACACUUUCGAUAACCCAGUUUGCUUCGUAGGAACGAUCAAAGCAGGCGUCGAGAACCACGCAUCACGCCGUGGAAGUGUGCUGUUGUUCGUGUCGAGUGUGAAUCGUGUUCGUGAGCGCGCGUGUGUGUGUUGGUAAACCGAUCAGUGUGAACCGUUGUAGGUGGGUUAGAACAGCUGUGGUUCGUGGGGGCGUCGCGAAACAAAACCAGGGACUGACUGACUGGCCGGUGGUAGUGGGUUACUCUACACUCAACUCUUCUUCAAGCCCUUGAGGCAAGGAUUACCAUCACCAGGGCAGAACAACGAAGCUCGCCAUCAACCAUGCCACGAAAUCGUAAAAAACAUACAGCCGCCGAUAGCUGGCAGCAGAGCAACGAUCAAUCCGACGACGAAACGUCGAACGAUAAUGCGAGCACCUACUCGUGCCACUCGGAAACGCAUCUGGCCGAUGGUCCCAACGGUAGCAUCGAGUCGGGCGAGUCGGGCGAAUCGGGCAGCGCCGCCGGCGGGUUCGAGAAGUACGAGGAGAAGCUGCUGCAGGCGAUCGAGAAUGCGUCGGACAAGGCGCAGCAGACGCGCAUCAACGCGUUCCAGAUCAUCAACGAGGUGCUGGUGCACCACUACAUCCCCGACUUUCUGGAGGACCGAAAGGUGACGCUGAUGGAUGCGGUGGAGAAGUCGUUGCGACGCGGCAAGGGUGUGGAACAGUCGUGGGCUGCCCGCAUCAUACCGCUGCUCGUGAUCCAGAUCGAAGCGCUGGAGGACAUUGGAGAGCUGGUGACGGUGCUGAAGCCGGUACUGCUCAGUACGGCCCAGGACGGGUCGGCUGCGUACGAUGCGCGGGCAAAGUGUUGUGCCGCGCUCGGCUUGCUGUGCUUCGUCGGUGUGGACGAUUUCGGCGAGAUACUGCCGUUGAUGAAGGUGCUGCAGAGCAUAUUUGCCGGCAGCUACCUGAAGGGUGACAAUAGCCCGAGCGGUGCGAGUAACGAUGCUGGCGCGUUGCACAGUGCGGCACUGAGCGCUUGGUCGCUGCUGCUGACCCUGCUGCCACCGGGCGAGUUUGUGGCGCUGAUGGGCGGCGGAACCGGCACCGGGGUGGUACCGUCCGUGCGCAAUCUGGUCGGCAUGCUGCAGAGCCCGAUACUGGACGUGCGCAUGGUAGCGGGCGAAACGCUCGCGCUGAUGUUCGAGCUCGGGCGCCAGCACGAUGACGAGUUCCUGGAGGACGAGCUGCCGGAUCUGAUCGAGGCGGCCCAGAAGCUCGCGACCGACGCACACAAGUACCGGGCGAAGCGGGACCGCAAGGUACAGCGGGCGACCUUCCGCGAUGUGCUGCACUACCUCGAGGAGGACAUCUCGCCCGAGAUCGGUAUCAAGUUUGGCCGGGAGCUGCUGGUGCUAAACACGUGGGCCAUCCACCAUCAGUACACGUGCCUGCGGAACGCGCUCGGGUUCGGCAUGAACGUGCAUCUGGCGGAGAACGUGUUUGUGCGGGAGGUGCUCCAGCUCGGUCCGAAGAUGGACGAGCCGGAACGGCUCCGGAAAACGGUGAAAGCCGAACAGCGCUUUAUCAAUGCGGCCGCCUUUAAGGCGCGCACGAUUUCGCGCGGCAAAAAUCGCGACAAACGCUCGUUUGCGCUUAAUUAGGGUUGAUCCUUGCUCUUGUUUGUUUGUUUUUUUUUUCUCCCCCGUCUUGUUACUUUUAUACGCGUGCGGGAAGUGGCUGACACGCUUUCCCGCGGCGUUGCCUUUGCAGAGCCACCUUAACGCUAGACAGACUCUGAAACCAAUCAUUUUAUGGCAGGUAAUAGGUUUACGAUUGAGAGGAAAAUUCGCGAAAAGCAAGAAGAAACGGUUUGAGUGCGGUUUCCUUACGUUGUAUUGUUUUGUUGUUAGUAACUGGCUGUAAGCAGAACAUGUGUCUCCUUGUCACGUGACGGGAGAUCACUACUACUACUACUACUAGUAGCAAUUGAGUUGUAGCUACCCGGUUCGUGCACACCGCCACCCCGAAUAGACCCAAUCCCAACUUAACUCCCCAUGCUAACUAGCUACUCGCUUGUUUAUGUUACAGCAAAAACCGUCGGCUUUGGUUGGCAGGAGCGAGAACCAACACAUCGCAAUAGGGCAGCGUCGUGUAGCGUCGUUUACGGCGCGAAAACUAGCAAAUUAGCAAAUUGUCGAGAAGAUAGCGAAACUAGCAUCCGGUUCAGCUAGGUUUUUACGGUCGGUUCCGUGUUUGUGUGUGUGUGAGUGUGUAUGUGUGCGUAUAUUUUUUGUAGCGAAAACAGGAAAGGAAUCUACUCUUAACAUUGUAAAUAAUCGAACGCCGUCUUACAGAAGCAUGUGCGCGCGCGCCGGAAGUAGGCAUGCACCCAGUAAGCCUUGAAGGAAGCGCGUGUAGGCUGCUUUUUUUUUCAAUAUUUUUUUCCUGUUCCAAUUGUUGCGUCCGUUGUGUGGCCGCGUGCUCGCGUACGUGGGAAACAAUGAAGCCUAUAGCCGAAAAAAAAACCGAUAGGUUUUGUUUUGAAUAUUAUACGAUACGGAGAUGCUCAAUAAAAUUGAUCUUACGGGACGGAUUCAACCAUAUGA